AUGGCUGGAAAGAGCAUUUUAACUGAUACGACUACGUUCAUUGUUCGUCGAAUCCAGUCUUCGCCUGUGCAGGUUAUCACGACUCGGUGCCUCAUUGCCACAUUCGUUACACUUUAUGCACAAUGA